GUUUUGCUGUAUCUUAACGUGGUUCUGCUUUGCUGCUUCAUUAGCAGCGAGAACUGUUCAACCAGGGUGUGCUUAUUCCUCUACAACAGGACAACACUAUGAAUCAGGAGAAGCUCGCCAAACUCCAAGCUCAGGUCCGGAUAGGUGGGAAGGGAACGGCUCGCAGGAAGAAAAAGGUCGUCCACAAAACGGCAACAGCCGAUGACAAAAAGCUGCAGGGCUCGCUGAAGAAGCUGGCGGUGAACAACAUCGCAGGGAUAGAAGAGGUCAACAUGAUCAAAGACGACGGGACGGUCAUCCACUUCAACAACCCCAAAGUCCAGGCGUCUCUGUCUGCCAACACCUUCGCCAUCACGGGCCACGCCGAGACCAAACAGCUGACAGAGAUGCUGCCAGGCAUCCUGAGCCAGCUGGGAGCGGACAGCCUCAGCAACCUGCGCAAGCUGGCCGAGCAGUUCCCGCGGCAAUCAGCCAUGGACCUGAAAGCCGUCAAGGAGGAGAAUGCAGAGGAGGAGGACGACGACGUUCCAGAUCUCGUGGAGAACUUCGACGAGGCCUCAAAGAACGAAGCAAACUGAUGAAUUUUCUGUAGUUUCCCCUCACCUGUUAAUCAUUUCUCAUUUUUAUUUUCACCUCCCGGUGGACUCACGGAGGGCAUCUCCCUCCUGUGGGCUGUUUAAAGGUGCACCCCGUCGUCUCGGGACACGAGAACCUCUUUGGUUUCGCCUGCUGCGGCGGCAGAGCAGCAAACAUGCAGAUAGGUUUUGAUUUCUGUAGGCGGCGGCAUUGUGGAACACGGGAUCUCUGCGACUCAGCAUCCAAAGGACUCAACUACAUUAGAAUUAAGCUUGUUAUGUGAUUAAACAUGGCUAGUAUUUAAGAGAUUGUUUAUGAAAUUACAGUUGAAGUGAAUGAACAUUAUAGUGGUGAUUAUACAUUUAAUAAAACACUUUUUGGGCUUA